AUGCCGCCGAAGCCUGUCACCGACUUGUCAGAAUCUUCGUCUGACAAUGAGAGGCAGCCUCAGCGCACAGGUUUGAAGAGGCAGGCGUCAAAGGCCUUCGCUUAUGAUGACGCAAAGGGCCUUGAGGUGAUGCUUUCACAGCCUUGUUCUUCACAGGGGUGCACAAAGAGGUGCAAAGAAGUCUUCAAACAAAGAUCGAACUUUUCAUCAUUGCUGGAUUUUCGGAAGAAGUGGAAAACAUAUCACAAGCUGGACCGGGAUCAGAUGGUAUUUGACGAAAUCAAAUCUGUGGAUGCAGCCCGCGAGGAGACAGGCAAAAGCGUUCGAUCUUGGCACUUUUUGGGGCACCCCGUUUGCUUCAAAUCUUGGAAGCAGCUCCAUGGGAUUGGAAGCCGCCGUUGCGAAAAGAUAGCCAAAGCCGUUCGCGAAGGACGGCAAGCUGCUCCGGCUGAUUUGCGGUAUUUGAGAGUGCGGAAGUAUGACCAAACUAGAAAUCUCGAGGUGACUUCCGAUGUAAUCGAAUUCUUGCAGAAAAUUUAUUGCAGUGUGGCUGAAACUUUGCCAGACGUGAGAGAUGACACCCUGUCAGACGAUGAAAGUUCAUUGCCAAAAAUAGAUGUGAGAGUACAACAACCCGAUUCAGAACCUUAUGCUGAUUUCAGUCUUGCCUUGAGGGCGGACAUUCGGUGUCCACCGUCGGCUAAACAGUCGAAGCCAAAGACAAGGCCACGGAAGAUGAGAAAGUCGAUUCCCAUCAGGCCUGGCAGAGGUUCUGCUGAGAAUGAGGAGCGCUUCUUACCGCCUGGAACAAUGAAGGAAUAUCACACUCAGUAUGUUCGGCAGUCCGGGUUGGCCAAACCGGCAAGUUUCCCUUGCUUCUGGCGGGUGUGGGCUUCCAACUUCUCCUUCAUGAAGUUUAGGAGCUCAUCGAGCCACAGCAUCUGCACGGAGUGCUACAAACACAAAGCGCUCAUCAGUGCUUUGUCAAGGCAUUUGAAUGCCCGCAGAACUCAAGAGAGUUUAUACCACCAGCACCUGGAAGAUCAAUUUCGGGAUAGAAUUGAGUACUGGGAAGCAAGGGGGGAGAGCCGCAGCCAGAGUAAUCGUAUAACGAUUAUAAUAGACGGAAUGGACCAAGGGAAGUUUGCGGUGCCAAGACACAAGAGCAUCUACACGAAAGCGCUGAACGGCUUUUCACGACCCCGGUUGCACCUGGCGGCAGCCAUAGUGCAUGGGCACUUCGUUUCGAUCUAUCUCACAGAGCACGACUUGCCAAAGGAUAGCAACACGUCGCUGGAAAUCAUCAGCCACUGCAUGGACCUGCUCAGCACGCGCGUGCGGUUGGAUCAAUGUGAUAUAACCAUCCAGUGCGAUAAUACAUGCCGAGAGGUAAAGAACAAUCACAUUCUGAGAUUUGCAGCAGGGGCCGUGAGUUGUGGCUGUGUCCGCUCCUUAAAGAUUUCAUCUUUAAGGAGCGGGCACAGCCACGAAGACAUCGACCAACUUUUUGGCCAAAUAGCAACUUUCCUCAAGGGCUUGCGUUGCCAGCUCACGUCGAAUGACUUCGUUGAGAGCUUGAGGGAGUUUUGCCGAGAUGGCAUGCGAAGACCUUUUGAAAGGGACAAGUUUGUCCACAAGCUUGACCAGACCCGAGAUUGGCCCUUUGAUUUCAUGGCGAACGGAAUCGGGGUUUGUUGCAAGAAUAUUAUAGGCUGA